AUGUCGUUAACAAAAGUGCAGAUAGUGACAAGUGAUUAUACUUCAGCUCUGAACGAACUCAGCAGCACUUCCAAGUCUCAGAUACGGUCGUUGACUAUGUUGGCGGCGGAUAACGUUGAAUACGCCUGGAAAAUUGUGAGUGUCAUAGAAAAGCGCUUGCAAGAUUUGAAAAUUGGAGAGCAUGUGCCAGUGCUCUAUCUCAUCGAUUCCAUUGUCAAAAAUCUUCAAGGGGUGUAUUUGGAGUUAUUCGCUAAAAAGCUUGUAGAAAACUUCUGCAAUGUCUACAUGAUGGUGUGUGCGAACGCUGGAAGCGUUGCUCGAUUGAGGGUGAACUGUGCUGAGGUACCUAGGCCUAGGCCUAGUUGUUCUUCAUCGUCUUCAUCGUCUUCAUCGUCUUCAUCGUCUUCAUCGUCUUCAUCGUCUUCAUCUGCAAGUCUCUCCCCGAUUCCCGACGUCAAUCAGCUUCUCCAUACUCUGAUUAACACGGGAAUUAUCGUUCCUUCUACUACAUCCAGUACUGAAACGAAAAAUUCUAAGGAACAAUCCAUCAAGGAAUUACCUUCUGCAUUCCCCAGUUUCGAUAACCCAAAGUCUCUAAAGGGCCCUUACGAUUUCUCUGCUUUAUACGGCGGAAAAACUCAAUGCGGCUCUUGUGGAUCGAGAUUUCAGUCUGGUGAACGCGACAAGUACCGAGAGCAUUUGGACUGGCACUUCAGGCAGAACAGGAAAGAAAAGGAGUAUACUAAGAGGCCACACUCGAGGCCUUGGUUCUUCAAGAUUAGUGACUGGUCACAGUCCGCAGAUUCUGAUGAAAAAAAACCUAGCUGGUUUGAACAGCAGAAACUGAAUGCUGAAGUAGAUGGGGCGAGUACUACCGAUCCUCGGCAAAAAAUCAUUCAACCCAGCGUACCGACUCCUAGUGAUAAAAACAUACGUUGUGCAGUGUGUUAUGAUGCAUUUGAGGAGUUUUACCACCAUGACGAAGAGUCAUGGCACCUGAGACCGGCGGUUGCUUAUGAGAAUAAGAAUUAUCAUCCUCUUUGUCUUAGUGAGUACAAGUCAUCACUACCGAUCGAGGAGAAGACUGCGCAUGCAUCAGUAUCAAACCAGUGAGAAAUGAAAGGCAAAAAAUUGUUGUUAUUUUUUUAUAUCGAGGAAUUCACAAAUGACGAUUCAAUGAUGUAAUCAUGAUCCUGUACUCAAUUUUUAAUUUGACAAUAUAUUUUUGAUAAUUUAGAGAGAAAACCUGUUUUACGCAUUUUUUUCAAUAACCCU